AUGCCAAUCAGAGAUGCAUUGAGGACGAGCAUUUUGUCAAAGAAAUGGAGGUAUUGCUGGACAGGCAUCCAGAAACUUGUAUUUGAUGACAAUCUGGUUAAACAAUCAUCUAACAUGGAGGAAGAAAUCGAAAAAUAUAAGCUUAUCAAUGCCAUCUUCCACGUUUUGUUGCUACAUAAAGGUCCGGUAUCAGAACUCUGUAUUUGUAUCACAGAUGCAGAAAUUGUUAAUGAGAUUGACCAGAUAAUACUUCAUCUUUCACGGAGUAAAAAUAUCAAGAAAUUCACUUUUGAGAUUUCUUCAAUCGAUGAAUAUUACAAGUUACCGUUUUCAUUCACCUAUCUCUCAAAUACUGUAAAAUUGAGGUUCCAUCAAUGUUUAAUGGAUUUAGUAUGUUGA